AUGUUAUCCCAUAAUCAGUAUCAGGUGCCACCUGUCCACCAAUCAGCGUCAGCCCUCGCUCAGAUGUUGACUCAGCAAAAACAAACUUUACAGGCAAGUUACCAGUCGUCUCAACAAGUCUUCUCACAGCUUCAACAGCAACUACUGAGCACACGUCGCCUGAUGGAUAUAAGUACUACAACAAUAGUACAACUCGCGAAAGCAAGGACAUUAGCAAACACAAACUCUCACUCGAGGCGUGCCACAUCAGUAAACUCAGAUUCCACAGUUUCAGAAUCAGAUGCAACUCCAAGCACAGGGGGGACACCCUCAACAGUUGCAAAAUCUCAUGUAAUGCAGAUUGUAGCUGCUACAGAAAUCAACUCAACACUUAUUCCAAAACUUAUGCAGUUACAUACUUUCCUACAAGCAAAGCUUGCACAAGGUGGCACUGCUGUAGGGACAGGAUUGAACACAAAGAAAGGAUUUGAUGUGAAGAUUGUUGUUGCAGUAGCUGAUGAAACGAACAUACCAUUUGUAACAGUUGAAAAUAAGUUUGAGGCAUUGGUGGUUGGAAUUGGACCUAAAGUUGGUUGCUGA